UUUAUCUGUGAAAUAUGCGUCAGACAUUGCUAGAAAUCCAUUCCGCGUUUGUUUCGCUCGGACCUUUUUUUGUGGACGGACGAUACGUUAACGCUGCUAAAAUCCAAACGGUUUCUGGAGCCGGACUGCAGCAAAAUAUGGGAGAUCAGCCAGUGAGAGUCUUGGUGUGCGGGGACGUUGAAGGCAGACUGAGCUCUCUGUUCAGCAGAGUUCAGGCCAUCCAGAAGAAAACCGGACAGUUUGAUUUGCUGCUUUGUGUUGGAGAGUUUUUUGGAACAACACCAGAAGCUGAAGUAGAGUGGCAGCAGUACGAAACUGGAGCUAAGAAAGCUCCGAUCCACACUUACAUACUGGGGGCAGCGAGCCAGGAGACAGUGAAGAACUUCCCCAAUUCUGACGGUUCUGAACUGGCUGAAAACAUCACGUAUUUAGGUCGUCGUGGUGUGUUCACGGGCGCGUCAGGACUGCAGCUAGCCUACGUCAGUGGUCAGGAGGCCCUGCAGGAACCGGCCCCGGCUCACUGCUUCACCUCCAAAGACCUGUCGGCGCUCGUCACGUCGCUGACCGGCAGCUCCAAGUUCAGAGGCGUCGACAUCCUGCUGACAUCGCAGUGGCCUCGAGGGGUGUGGCACUAUGGAAACAACCCGGAAGUGAACACAAAGUCGUGUGGGAGUGGCUCCAUUGCCAGCCUCGCUGACAAACUCAAACCACGGUACCACUUUGCUGCACUAGAGGGCGCUCACUACGAAAGGCUCCCAUACAGGAAUCAUGUGGUUCUACAAGAAAACGCUCAGCACGUCAGCCGCUUCAUCGCCCUGGCAGCUGUCAACAACCCCGCCAAGAAGAAGUACCUAUAUGCUUUCAACAUCAUCCCUAUGAAGAACAUGGAUCCGAUGGAGCUGGUGAAGCAGCCACAGGAUGUGACUGAAAGUCCCUACAGACGCCCAGCCAAAGACAAGACGGACACACAGAAACCAGCAUUCAGCGCUGUAGAAGAAGAGGAGCCAGUCCACCAGUUCUUCUUUGACCUGAGCGGGAAGCGGGGGGGGGGCUCUUGGGGCCGUGGCAGGAAGAGGCCUUCGGACGGAGACGGACGAGGUCGAGACCAGUGGCGUGACGGAGAUGGGCAUCAUCAGGGGCAGCACAAACAACCCCGCCGUCAUCCACAGCCUACUGGUCCCUGCUGGUUUUGUCUGGCCAGUCCUCAAGUGGAGAAACAUCUCGUUGUCAGCAUAGGAACACACUGUUACCUGGCUCUGGCUAAAGGCCCCCUGACUCCCCGCCACGUGCUCAUCCUUCCCAUUGGCCACUACCAGUCUGUGGUGGAGCUGAGCUCCGAGGUGGUGGAGGAGAUGGAGAAGUACAAGUCGGCCCUGAGGAACUUCUACAAGAGCAAAGGAGAACGCUGCGUUCUGUUUGAGAGGAACUACAGGAGUCAACAUCUGCAGCUUCAGGUCGUUCCCGUUCCGCUCAACCGCUGCACCACUGAGGACAUCAAGGAGGCAUUUAUGGUCCAGGCUCAGGAGCAAAACAUGGAGCUGAUGGAGAUUCCUCAACACACAGACCUCAAACAGAUUGCUCCCCCAGGGACUCCUUACUUCUAUGUGGAGCUGGACUCUGGGGAGAAACUCUAUUACCGGAUACAGAAAAACUUUCCUCUGCAGUUUGGAAGGGAGGUAUUAGCCAGUGAGGCGGUGCUGAACAUCCCCACUCGAGCUGACUGGAAGGAGUGCAAACAGAGCCGAGAGGAAGAGGAGGAAAGCUGCAAACAGCUUAGAGACGAUUUCCAGCCAUAUGACUUUGCCUGGGAAGAUUAAAACGCACACGCUUGUUUACCUGUUGAUGUGAAGACUACGGUCGACAAGAUGCAUUGUGGGGACCUUCAGUGUAUUCUUUAACUUCUAAAAUGGAGUCUGAAGCAUCAGGUUUGCACAGUACUUUCAUUGUGCUGGGUUGUCUUAUUUAGGUUUAAGAGGACAGGUGGGGUUUGUAAUCAAAGAAAAGUUCACACAAUUUAUUUUGUACAUUUUACAGCAUUUUGUGAAUCACAAGUAAAACUUUUUAAAUUUUUGAACUGUCAGAAUCAUUCACAAGUUGUUAGUGAACUUUUUUCUGGUUUUUCUUUUUUCUGUAUUCAAUGCAACAUUAAAUGUUUUUAAAAACAA